AUGUCGGAUCCCAAUAACUACACCAUUGGGUGGAUCAGCGCCAUCGAAAUCGAGUACAUUGCUGCGCAAGCAUUUCUCGACGAGCGACAUAAAGGGCCAAGACAGGUCCAUAAGAACGAUGAGAAUUGCUAUACGCUGGGCAGAAUUGGUAACCACAACGUGGUAAUAACAGUUCUGCCUCGAGGAGACAAUGGCGUGGCUGCAGCAGCAAUGGCGGCAAAGGAUAUGAUGCACACCUUUCCUAACGUCAGGGUAUGUCUGAUGGUCGGUAUUGGUGGCGGCGCACCUAGCAAAAGACAUGACAUACGUCUUGGAGAUGUUGUUGUCAGUAUUCCCACAUUUUCCGAAAGGAGUGGUAACCUGGGUGGUGUGGUUCAGUAUGAUUAUGGGAGAACGAUUCAGAAGAGGUGCUUUCAAGGCGCGAGAUACUUGAAUCAACCGGACAAAGCUUUGCGUAAUGCGGCCAAUGGGCUCAGCGCAAAGUUUAAGAGCGAGGGGAAUAAUAUCGACACAGUCAUCAACGCCAUCCUCGAGAAAAAUGAAAAGCUACGAAAAGAAUACAGUCGACCAGAUCCAGACUCCGAUAAACUCUAUUCAAGCGACCCUGUCCAAAUAUCAGGCACUGAUGAGAAUCUUGCAUCAGAACUAAUACAACGACCUAAAAGGUCUGAGAAGGAAGACAAUCCGGCAAUUCACUACGGGCUGAUUGCUUCGGCCGAUGGCUUCAUGGAAGACGCUCAGAUUCGAGAUAUACUCGCAGAGGAACUCGACGUCUUGUGCUUUGAAAUGGAAGCUGCAGGAUUGAUGAACAGCUUCCCGUGCCUAGUAAUUCGCGGCAUUUGCGAUUACUCGGAUAGGCACUGGUUCAAGGAGUGGCGAGGCUAUGCAGCCAUGACCGCAGCAGCAUAUGCAAAGGCACUCCUUGAAAUGGUGCCAGCGCGAGAAGUCAACACAAUGCAAACUAUUAGUGGUAAGUGGUCUCCUAAACUACACAAAAGGUACAUGCUAAUAGAAGCAGAUCUUGUCCCGCCUGACCUUAUGGAGAGAGCAAGAAACUUCAUCGCACCGCUUUGGGGUAGCAAUAAGAAAGAUGCCGUUCCUGUGUCUGCGGAGCCUAAAGAGGCUCAGACAAAGGACAGAAGCAAAGAUCAACCCUACCAGAUGCUCCCAACUCAACCAGCCAUAGAGCAACCAUCAACUUUGGGAGGUGUUGACCCCGAGGAGACUCGGUCAAAGGACAAUGGCAAAGACCAGCUCUACCAGAUGUCCCCAACUCAACCAGCCGUAGCCCAGUCACCGAUUAUGGGAGGCGUUGAGUUCAAGGAGACUCUGGGAAGGGACAGAGGCAUAUGGCAGGACCACCAUAUGCCCCCAAAUCAAAAAGCGACAAUGCCACCGGCUACUAAUGGCUUCACUAGCGGCCAGACUGAGAUUAAGCAUGUGUACAUUGCAGUGAUGGGAGUCACUGGCGCUGGGAAGAGCUCUCUCAUCUCCCUGUGUACUGGCAAAAAUGUUAAGAUCGGCCAUAACUUGGAGUCAUGUACUGCCGAUGUCGAGGAUGUCGAAUUCAUGCUCAACGACCACGUCUGUGUCCACCUCAUUGACACACCAGGCUUUGACGAUACAAGCCGCUCUGAUGUAGAGGUGCUGCAAAACAUCGCUCUCUGGCUUAAAGAGUCGUUCGAACAGGGUACCAAGCUUAGCGGCAUCAUCUAUCUGCACCGCAUCAUUGAUGUCCGCAUGGCUGGCUCUACACUCCGCAACCUAUCGAUGUUCAAGAAGCUAUGCGGUGAAGAGGCAUAUUCGUCAGUCGUCCUGGCCACCAGUAUGUGGACCCAGGUCGAUGAGGCUACAGGUGCGCAGCGCGAGCGGGAACUCAUUGAGACGAAGAAGUUUUGGGGCUACAUGCAUGACAAAGGCAGCAAAAUCUUCCGUCUGAACCAGACGCGCGAAAGCUGCCUCGGAAUCAUCAAGUAUAUCCUCUCCUUGGGCUCAACCACCCUUCUUGAGCUGCAAGACGAGAUCGUCAACCAAGGUCGCCAAAUUGAGGAUACUGAGGCCGGCGUACAACUUAACGAAGAUAUUAUCCACGAGCGCGAGAAGCACCAAGCUGAGCUGGUAGCCCUGAAGGCGCAGAUGCAGGAGGAGAUGGCAGAGCACGAUGCUGAGCUGCAACGCGCUUUGAGGGAGGAGUACGAUGAGCUCAAAGAGAACAUUCGCCGCAGUGUUGAGGAGCAGGCCAAGCUCAAGCAGGACCUCAAAGAUGUUCACGAACGCAAAGAGCGCGAGUUGUUCGAGCUCAAGAAGCAGAUGGAGGCUGAGCGCAAGAAGUAUGAUGAGAACCAGAAGCGGCAAGCCGAGGAGGACGCCAGGCGCGUGAAAGCUUGGGCAGAGCAUCGUCAGACGCCACUUCACCUUGCGGUCCAGGACGGAAAAGCAGAUCUGGUUGAGUCGCUUCUUAUGCAAGGAGACAAUAUUGAAGCUCAAGAUAUAAACGGCAGAACACCACUUCACCUUGCAGUUGUCAAAGGAAACCUGGAUAUGGCCAAGUUGCUACUUGACCGAGGAGCGAAUAUCGAGGCUAAGAAAGACGAAGGCCGAACACCACUCUUCAAUGCAAUUUGCAACGGAAAUGAAGAGAUGGCCAAGUUGCUACUUACUCGAGGAGCUGACAUUGAAGCUCCGGAAUUUGAGAAUUGGACAGCUCUUCAUGUUAUGGCUGCUAAUGGAAGGAAAGAAAUGGUUAAAUUUCUUCUUGACCAUGGAGCUAAUAUUGAGCCUACAACAAAUGUCGGCGGUACACCACUCGGUCUUGCCGUUGAGAAAAACCAAGAAGAUGUGGCUAAGCUGCUGCUCAAUCGAGGAGCUGAUAUUGACAUGAAGCAGAGAAAAGGCGCUUGGACAAUGCUUCAUCUUAUGGUUGACUUUGGAACGGCAGACAUGGUCAACUUUCUUCUUGACCAUGGAGCUAACAUUGAAGCCAAGCUGGACAACGGCUGCACACCAUUUGGCGUUGCAAUUGAGAGAGGCAAAGAAGAUAUGGCUAAGCUGCUGCUUAAUCGAGGAGCUGAUAUUAACAUGGAGCAGAGAAAAGAUUCUAAUACGAGUCUUCACCUUAUGGUCGAACUUGGGAAGACAGACAUGGUUAAGUUUCUUCUUGACCAUGGAGCUAAUAUUGAAGCCAAGAACGAUAUCAGCAAUACGCCACUUGGUCUCGCAGUUGAGCUUGGGAAAAUCAACAUAGCUAACAUACUGCUGAAUCGAGGCGCUAACAUUAAAGCUCGUCAGCGAAAAGAUGGUGUUACGAGUCUUCAUCUUAUGGCUGAAUUUGGAAAGUUGGAUAUGGUUGAGUUUCUUCUUGACCAUGGAGCUGAUAUUGAGGCCAAGUCGAAGAAGGGCCAUACACCGCUUAGCUACGCAAGGGACUUUAAAAAAGUGGAUGUGAUCGAGCUGCUGCUUGAUCACGGAGCCAGGGCUUAA